AUGGUGGAGUCGCGGUCAAUUCUGCUGCUGCUGGCAACGCUCGCAGCGACGGUGACGUACCAGGCAGGGUUGAGCCUGCCGGGCGGCGUCUGGCCGCAUAACAACGACCAAGACAUCCAGAUCACAUCCCCGGCCGGGAACCCGAUCCUCCUCGACAUUCACCCCAAGAGGUACAAGGCGUUCUAUUACUGCAACACGGCGGCGUUUGUGGCGUCGCUGGUCGUCAUCGUCAUCGUCCAGAGCAACGAGCUGAGCUCGGGCACCACCAUCAGGCAGGUCACGCUCAAGACGGCCAUCAUACUGGGUCUGUACGGCCUCAUGGGUGCCCAAGUCGCCGGGAGCUCCCCGGAUGCCCCCACCACCAUCUACAUCUUUGCCCUGGCCGUCACCGUCUUGGUCUACUCCAUCACCAAUGUCUUGUCGAGUAGGCUCAUAGCAAGGGUGAAGCUCAUGUUCAACAGGCAUGCAGAGUUGUUGCAUCUCUCUAAUGGCCGCCGACCUGAUGGGUCCGUGGCCGAGGACGGUAAGACUGGUGACCAACUCGAAAGUAAGCGCCAGUUCUUGCUGCAAAUCGCCAUCCUCGGUGCCACCAUUACGUACCAAACCGGACUGAACCCGCCAGGCGGGUUUUGGCCGGAGAGCAAGGCCGAGGGGUCGCUUAUCACUGGCGACCCUGUCCUCCUUGACCACUACCAGAGAAUCAGGUACCAGAUGUUCUUCUACUGCAACGCGACAGGAUUCAUGGCAUCGAUCGCCACCAUCUUCCUGCUGGUGAACCAGAAGCUAAACAAGCAGGGCUUCCGAAGCAACGCGCUCCAAUUCUCCGUCUGGGUCGGGCUUCUGGGCCCAGUGGGCGCUUACGCCGCCGGCAGUUGCCGGCAACUGCACACCUCCAUCUUUGUCUUUGCGCUUGUGGCCGCGGUGGUCGUCUUCCUCUUCAUGCAAAUCCUACUUAUUGUGUUGGAUGUAAUUUUUAUUAUUUCUAGUUUUCGUUGUACUACCAUGAUUAAAGGUGAAUAG